AUGGCUGGCGCCGUGAGACAACCCAUCGACGUCCAGUCGCUAGAGCGAUACAUCUCCAAAAAUGUCCCAGAAAUUAAAGUUCCCAUCGAUAUCAAACAGGCAAGUACUAUACGCAUCUUUAUCGCUCAACUUAUUCCGUACUUCUUCGGUUUUGGACAGUCGAAUCCAACGUACCAACUCACCGCGAGCGAUGGUGUGAAGUAUGUGAUGCGGAAGAAGCCUCCGGGAAAGCUCAUCUCGAAGACGGCCCAUCAAGUCGAGCGGGAAUAUCGUGUUAUACAUGCCCUAGAGAAAACCGAUGUCCCUGUGCCAAAGACUUAUUGUCUAUGCGAAGAUGACAGUAUCGUUGGAACUCCUUUCUAUGUUAUGGAGUUUUUGGAUGGAAGAAUCAUUGAAGACCCUACAAUGCCGGAUGUUACACCUGCCGAAAGGACGGAAAUGUGGCACGACGCCAUUCGAACAUUAGCUAAGCUACACCGCAUCGUAGCAAAAGACGUCGGUCUCGAAAAUUACGGAAAGCCGUCAGGCUUCUACGAUCGCCAGAUUAAAACUUUUGCGACCAUCAGCAAAGCACAAGCCGAGACGGUCGAUAUUGAGACGAAAGAGGCCGUGGGUCAGACUCCACAUAUCGACGAGAUGUUGACCUAUUUCAGAGAUCGGAGGUUUCAACCCAAAGAUCGGGGAACUCCAAUCCAUGGGGAUUACAAGAUAGACAAUUUAGUUUUCCACAAGACUGAGCCUAGGGUCAUUGGGAUCUUGGACUGGGAAAUGUCAACAAUUGGCCAUCCACUCUCUGACUUGGUCAAUCUAACGACACCUUAUUAUCUCAGGGACGCACCUGAGUUGCGGAGUUUGCCAGCUUUCCAAGAGGGCAAAUUGCCUGGGUUGCCUACCGAGAAAGAUCUCCUAAGAUGGUAUGCUGAAGUUGCUGGAUGGGACCCGAGCCCGGAACUGACAUGGGGAAUUGCUUUCGGGUUUUUCAGAGCGACUUGUAUCUAUCAGGGCAUUGCAGCACGCUAUGCCGUCAGACAGGCAAGCAGUGCCAAGGCGCAAACCAAUGCCCUGGCAAGGCACCCGAUGGGCGAGUUGGCUUGGGUCAAUGUGAAGAAAGCAAUCCAAUCUUCGAAAGAAAAGGCAAAAUUGUAA